AUGUCUUUCUAUUCAUUUCCCCUCUGGGGCUGGGGCAGCAGCAACUGCAACAGCAGCAGCAGCAGCAGCAGCAGCAGCAGCAGCAGCAACAGCAGCAGCAACAGCAGCAGCAACAGACGGUUGUUCCGGGGGCUUAUUGUUGCUUGCAUCUGCACUGCUCAGCUGUCUUUCUUCUUCCUUCCUGCUGCUGCAACUCCAUCGCAGCAGCAAACCUCUCUUGAUGGCGUUGAGGGGGCUGAUUUAGCUCAGCAGCAGCUGCUGCAGCAGCAGCAGCAGCACUUGUCUCCUGUCUCUUUAUCCCUUUCUGCUACAGAUAAUUAUAUCCCUGUCUAUGGAGACACGCAACAGGUUCUUGUCUACCCACAUGAACACAUUAGCAGCAGCAGCAGCAGCAGCAGCAGCAACUCGGGCCUUCAAGAGACCCAGCAGAUUGAAGGGCUGGCUGCUGAGGGUAGUGAUAGGGAGACUCCUGCUGCUGCUUCUGCUGCUGCUGCUGAGGAUUCUGCUGCAGCUGCUCUUGUUGCUUCCAGUGGAGACGCUGAGCUGCAGCAGACCCAGCAGGACACCAACAGCAGCAACAACAGUAGCAACAGCAGCAGCAGCAGCAGCAGCAGGUUAGCAGAUGUGUUCAGCAGCAGGGAAGAGGUAGAGCACACAGCCAUGCUUCAAACAGCAGCAGCAGCAGCAGAAGCAGCAGCAGCAGCAACAGCUGCUUCUCCGUCGCGCCCGCAGCGACGUGGGGUUGGGGACCGUUCUCCCUCUGACAGCAGCAGCAGCAGCAGCAGCAGCAGCAGCAGCAGCAGUGAGGCUGAGCAGCAGGGAUUUGGGGUUGACUUUUUGAAUGACUUUCUUUCAGGGAGCGGAGAUGGAAGCGGUAAAGGAGACGCCAACCCGAGGGGCUCAGCAGCAGCAGCAGCAGCAGCAGCAGUAGCAGCAGCAGCAGCAGCAUCACAACAACAACAACAACAACAACUAGCUACAGCAGCAACAAAAUCAAAAAGGAGAAAGCUCACGCUGAAACCUAGAAGAGAGAAGAACAAGCAGCAGCAGCAGCAGCCGGAGCAGCAGCAGCAGCAGGAAAGCCUCAAGACAAAUCAAGGAGGGACAGGCGAUCCCCCAGCAGACGAUUUCUUGGGGGGGGAUUUCCUUGGAGACGCUCCCCAGGGAGACGAUCCCCAGGCAGUCGAUCCCCUGGGAGGCGAUCCCCUGGGAGGCGAUCCCCUGGGAGGCGAUCCCCUGGGAGGCGAUCCCCUGGGAGGCGAUCUGUGGGGUGACGAUCCCAGUGGAGUCGAUCCCGGGGGAGACGAUCCCCGGGGAGACGAUCCCUUUAAGGGUACAUUUACUCUGCCAGGGUUUGGGGGGGGCGACAAGAAGAACAAAACCAAAGGCAAGGGUUUAUUCUCGUUGCCGAAAUCAAAGAAAAAGAAAGGAGACGCUGCAGUAGAUCUCGAUGAUAUGUUUGCUGCAGAUGAUGCAGACACUGCAAGCAAACCCCACAAAAGCAAAGACAAACAUAAAAAAAAAGAUAAACAAACCGAUAGUGCAGAUGCAUCCGGAACCUUUAAACGCCCGGACUGGGCUGGGCAGCGACUGCGGGAUCUUAACCCCCUUGCUGCUGCACAAGCUGCUCAAGAUUUAGAAGCAAGAAGAGAAGAAAGAAGAAAGCAAGAGUGGGAGGCUGCGCAGCAAGCAGUAACGAUGCAAGAUAUAUACGCCAGAGCUAAAACCGUCUCUCCAGGGUUCUGUUAUUUGGGUGUAGGAUACGAUAUAGUGCGAGGCAAUCCUUUAGGCGAUCCUAAUCUGAUGGGCGACCCAGGCUUAAGGUCUCCUGUGAUAAGAUUCUCAUAUUCGCAGGAUGAAGAGGGUGUUAGCAGCGAUUUAAGAGAGCUGCAGCCCCGUGGGGCUUAUAGCAGACCUUUUGUUGCAUGCAAACAGAGUGAGAAUCUUAGCGAAGUCAGCAGCCUUGCUGAUUAUCAGAAAGAAUUAGAAGCCGAUGCUUCACUUGUUGGUGGGGAUAGCGUCGGUCUUAACAGCUUCUCUGCUUCUGCUGCUUAUAGAGAUAUUGCUAAAAGAACUGUUAAAAGAAACACUAAAACUUUUAUCCUUAAAACUUACUGCCUUCGAUUCGAAGCUGGGCUCGCACAAACUGACAACUUCAACUGGAACUACACAUUAGCUUUUAAUGAGGCUGUAGCGGGUCUUCCGCCUACAUUUGACGGGGCUGACGAAGGUAAAGGAUGUUCGCCAGAGGUGUGGAGAGAAAAUACAAAAGACAAACUCUGCGCCGACUCAACUGUGAAGACGUGGAUGAACUUCAUCGACCAGUUCGGCACUCAUUAUGUUGUUCGCCUCUUCGCAGGAGGAAAGCUGACUCACCAGAUAACGAUGUCGAAUUCGGAUAUCGCGGCUUUGAGUAGUUUGGGAACGAACGUGAAAAGUGCAUUGAAGGCAACAUUUGGAGUGGGUAGUGUGGGGGGUUCGACGAACGUUGAAAAGGAUGAAGAACAAAAAGAACAGCUAAAGCACUUUGAUUAUCAAACAGAAACCCUUAUUAUGGGAGGAAGAGUGCCGAGAGAUGUUUCAGAUCCUGAUUCAUUAGCCCAGUGGUCCGAUUCAGUAGAAGAAUUGCCGAUGCCGGUUAAGCUUACUCUCCAACCCCUCGAAUAUCUUCUUCCUGAUGAACACAAAGAAAACUUCAAGAAAGCUGCUCAGUUCUACUCAGAUGCAGUGGGCAUGAGUAAAGCAGACCUCACAGCCAUUGCUGGGAAACCCCUAUCCAUUGGAGAAAUCCUACGCGCCGGCAACCAAGUGACGUACGCAGGCGAACCCCCAGGGUUUGCAAUGUGCGCUCCUCAUGAGAGGGUUUUGCUGGGGUUUGCACUUGAGUUAAACUUCUUAGAUGAAAAUGCAAUUGCUGCACGAGCAGGAAUAAAGGCUUGCGUACCUGGACGAGAAAAAUGCGUCGGAUUAGAGAGACCCGCUAAAGAAGGGGAUGAUGCUCGCAUUUUUGUUUUGUGCGGCCCUGAACCCGUAGCUGGCCUCGAGCAAGUGGUUGUCCAGUCGCCCCUCAAAGCGGUAGCAGUAUGCCCUCAGGGGUCGAUGAUAUUAACAGGUUUUGCGCUGUCUCUAACUGGAGGGAGAGAAGGCCCUAAGAAGACAGCUUUCUUUCCUUGUCGUGCAGGGUUGCCUUCAUGUACGGCGUUGGGGUUGCGAGGCACUCAACAAAAUAUGGUUUGGAUUGUCUGCGUCGAUGAAGCUACCCCAGGCCUUCAGACUGUAACCAACGUAGGAGAAGUGGUUACAGGCGUCGCUACUAAACACGCGUACACAGACGGAAUUGUAAAGGCCUCCUGCCCUCCUAAUUUAGGGGUUGCUCUAGGGUUUGGGCUUGAGCUGCACACCCGCAUGCCUCGAGUUCGCGAGAAGUUUACAGAGUGCUCAGAUAAAUCGACAAACUGUAGCAUCCAAGGUCGGGGUAUUGUAGAGAACUUCUUUUAUCGCGCCGCAGACUCGCAUGCACUUUUAUGUUUAAUAUCCUGUACAGAUAUUAUUAACUCUUCUCCUGAGACUACAAGCUUGUCUCAUAGAGAGUAA